CAAUCCACCAGCGUAUGAGAGUAAGAAAGACAAACGCAUUAACGUUCAUUAUUAGUCUCUUGUUGUUAUUAACUGGGAAAGGUUGUGUUGUAUUUUACUGCUGCUGCCGUCGCCGUUGCCUCCAGUUGUACACUCUUACUUCAGUCGUAGCCGUGAUCGCGUUCAACAGUAACUGACGUCUAACAUUCAUAUCAAGCGUACGUACAAACAACUGUCAUUUGUUUCAAGAAUAUCUUGUUGUUGCGCCAGCAGACAUAGUGAAAAGUGUGUUUAUUUAUUACUUGUCAUUUUUGUAUCGAGUGUGUGUGUGUGCGCCAAUUGAGUUUGAGUUGAUAAUUAAGACUCUCAUACACUUACAAUAUGGAAACGAAUUUUGCACCGCAUAUUUAUAAUGAAUACAAAACACGCAAUAUUUUGAGUCUAGCCGAUCGUGUUGAAGUCAUACGCGAAUACGAUAGCCAUCUGACACGACCCAGUCUCCAAAGCUUGGCCCAGAAAUUUGAAUGCAGUUCGAAACAAAUCAAAAACAUUCUAAUCAAUCGUGAAUCGAUCUUACAGCAGUACAAAAGUGGUGAUGCGGGACCCCAAAAAGAAAUUAACACACGUGAUGAUGGCCUGCAAAAGAGACAAGAGAAGAUCGCCUUUCUGGGCAAAGUCAUGUACGAGUACAUUCAAAGAGUAUUGUACUAUAACUACAAUAUUGAUGAUGAGAAAGUGAGACAGAAAGCUUUACAGAUCAAAGAAUGCAUAGCAGUGGAAAAUUUCCAGCCUACCUACCACUGGUUGGAGAAUUUCAAAAUGACUUAUGGUAUACCCGCCUUUGAUUUACAAUCUUUGCGCAAUAAUAUCGUCAUCACGGAAGCCAAACGGCCGCAUUUAAGUGCCAUUGAUAUGAUACAAUAUGUCAGCCGCAUGGAACAGGAAGCCCAAGAGCCUGGCCCCAAAACCUAUGCAAAGACCGAUAUAAAUGGCAAUGGAAAAUUAAGUUUGCCAAACCAGAAACGCAUUAGUGUGGAGCCCAAGAUUAUCUAUGAAAUCGAAGAUGAAGAAGAGGAUGAGGAAUUGCAAAAACUACAUUUAUCUGAUUCACCGCCCAAAGCCUCAAUAAAACACAAUACCUCCUCCACGCAGUCCAUAAAAUAUAGCACCAAACGGCGAGCUUCAUCACCACUGCCCGAUAUAGAAUCGGUGGAUGAGGCCCUGCAACAUGUCAAGGUAUUGGAGGAGUAUGCCAUGCUGCAAGACAACUUUAGAGCCAUUGGUCUGUUAACGCAAUUGGAGCAGAUUUUCAAGAAACAAGUCAAAAAUAAAUGUGAAAAGUGAAAUGUUACCGUAACAUUUCCAAUCAUCAAUAUUCCCUGGCGCGUUAACACAUUGUUUUAAAUGUGUUUCUAAUGUGUAUAAUUUUAACAUUCCAUUGAAGUUUUUUUUAAUUAUUAUUUAUAUUUAGAAUUAAAGUUAUUUUUUUUUUAAUUAAAAAUACUGUUAUUAGCUAUUAAAAAUAUUAAUAUGUAUAUAAUUUAUUUAAAGUAAAAUUUACUUACCUAUUGGCGCGAAAGUGUAAUCUGUAAGUAUAGAAAGAAAGAGAAAUAAAUAAAUAUUUUAUUGAAAUUAAA